UUCCUGAGCGUCUGGUGGCGGCCGCCAUUUUGUGGUGCCGCUUCUGCCUCUCCCGCUCGGGAUCCGCGGCCGCGGGACCUGGCGCGGGGGCCACGCCGAGCGGGGCGAGCCGCGGCCGCCCGCACCCUCCUCGCCUUCCCUUCGCCUCCCCGCGCGGCCCGGCCCCUCCGGCGCUGCCCCAGGGGCGCGGCUGCGGAGAGCGGCGCUCGCCCACCAUCAUGGAAGACGACGGGCAGCCCAGGACCCUCUAUGUAGGAAACCUCUCCAGAGAUGUGACUGAAGUUCUCAUACUUCAGUUAUUCAGCCAGAUUGGACCAUGCAAAAGCUGUAAAAUGAUAACAGAGCAACCCGAUAGCAGAAGGGUCAACUCUUCUGUUGGAUUUUCUGUUUUGCAGCAUACAAGCAAUGACCCUUAUUGCUUUGUGGAAUUUUAUGAACACAGAGAUGCAGCUGCUGCAUUAGCUGCUAUGAAUGGGAGAAAAAUUUUGGGAAAGGAGGUCAAAGUAAACUGGGCAACAACACCAAGUAGCCAGAAAAAAGAUACAUCCAAUCACUUCCAUGUGUUCGUUGGGGAUUUAAGUCCAGAAAUAACAACAGAAGACAUCAAGUCAGCAUUUGCUCCUUUCGGUAAAAUAUCGGAUGCACGGGUAGUUAAAGAUAUGGCAACUGGAAAGUCAAAAGGCUAUGGUUUUGUAUCUUUUUAUAACAAACUGGAUGCAGAAAAUGCUAUUGUACACAUGGGAGGCCAGUGGUUGGGAGGCCGCCAGAUCAGAACUAACUGGGCAACGCGGAAACCACCAGCCCCCAAAAGUACACAAGAAAAUAACACAAAACAAUUGAGAUUUGAAGAUGUAGUAAAUCAGUCAAGUCCAAAAAAUUGUACUGUGUACUGUGGAGGAAUUGCCUCUGGGCUAACAGAUCAACUUAUGAGACAGACUUUUUCCCCAUUUGGACAGAUUAUGGAAAUAAGGGUGUUUCCAGAAAAAGGUUACUCAUUUGUCAGAUUUUCAACCCAUGAAAGUGCAGCACAUGCUAUUGUUUCAGUUAAUGGAACCACAAUUGAAGGACAUGUUGUUAAGUGUUAUUGGGGUAAAGAAUCCCCUGAUAUGACUAAAAACUUCCAACAGGUGGAUUACAGCCAGUGGGGGCAGUGGAGCCAAGUCUAUGGCAAUCCCCAGCAGUACGGGCAGUACAUGGCUAACGGCUGGCAAGUACCAUCCUAUGGGAUGUAUGGCCAAGCAUGGAAUCAACAGGGGUUUGGAGUAGACCAAUCUCCAUCUGCUGCCUGGAUGGGUGGAUUUGGUGCUCAGCCUGCCCAGGGACAAGGUGCUCCUGUAAUACCUAACCAAGCUGGAUAUGGUAUGGCAAGUUACCAAACACAGUGAGCUGGGACUCUGUUUUAAAGUGUGUAUUUCAUGAUAGGCUGCAGUUUCCAGUGACAUUCUGAAGACUGGAAUGUAGACAAUGAAAAAAGAAAAUAUUUAUUUUAAAAAAUGGAAAUGUUUGGAACCUUUAGCACAGCUUUGCUUUGGUGAAGGACACAAAUGUCUUCUAGUUCUGCCUUUUUAAGUUUUUGUUCAUGAUGGAUAUGAACAUGUUUUUCUUUGUGUACAAAAAUUAAAAAUAAAGUCAAUAAAGACAAUUCUGACUACAAA